UCGGCAAUGGCUGCCGCAGCGACGUCCCGCCGCCUCCUCGCGCUCGCCGCCGUCCUCGUCCUCGCCGUACUCUCCCUCCAGGCUGCGGUGUCGUCCGCGGCGGCGAAGGGGACGCGGUACACGGUCGGCGGGGCGGACGGGUGGCGCGUGCCGCCGCCGGAGGACAAGGAGCGUUUCUACGCCGACUGGGCCUCCAACAUCACCUUCUACGUCGACGACUCCGUCGAGUUCGUGUACAAGAACGACUCGGUGAUCAAGGUGGGCAAGGCGGGGUACUACCACUGCAACGAGACCGCCCCCGACGCGGCGCCGCGAGACGGCACCACGCUCUUCGUCCUCGACGCCCCCGGCCCGGCCUACUUCGCCAGCGCCGACCUCGACCACUGCAACAUGGGGCAGCGUCUCAUGGUCGACGUCCUCGCCGACGGCGCGGCGCCCGGGCCGUGGGCGUCGGGCCCGUCCGUGCAGCACUCCGCCGCCGCCCUGGUGCCCGUCGCGCUGGCGGCGUUGGCGGCCGGUUUCGUUUGA